UGAACGCGUACAGUAGACGCGUCGCGCAGCGGAGGAGACACACACCUGAGGAAUAGCGGCGCGAUGGCUGAUCAUCUGAUACAGAUCAAUGACUCUUCCGCCGCUGUCAAUCGAUUCGCGAGGAAAGGAGCUCUGCGACAGAAGAACGUGCACGAAGUUAAAAACCACAAAUUUACUGCUCGAUUCUUCAAGCAGCCCACAUUCUGCAGCCACUGCACCGACUUUAUCUGGGGAUUUGGAAAACAAGGUUUCCAGUGCCAAGUGUGCUGUUUUGUGGUCCACAAAAGGUGCCAUGAGUUUGUUACGUUCUCCUGUCCAGGAGCCGACAAGGGCCCUGACACAGAUGAUCCCAGAAGCAAGCACAAGUUCAAGAUCCACAGCUACGGCAGUCCCACCUUCUGCGACCACUGCGGAUCACUGCUGUACGGCCUCAUCCACCAGGGGAUGAAAUGCGACACCUGUGACAUGAACGUUCAUAAACAGUGUGUGAUGAAUGUGCCAAGUCUGUGCGGGACCGACCACACCGAACGCAGAGGAAGACUCUUCCUCAAGAUCGAGGUCAGCGGAGACAGACUCCACGUCACAGGUCUUAAAGUGACAGCAGCCUAG